GGAGGCUCCAAUAUUUAAGGUGGCAAGCAGAAGGUAAGCGCUCCGCGCGGCCACAAAUUCAACACAAACAAGGACGCCGUACACACUAAAAAGCCCAAAUUCAGCCUUAUAAUUUGCGCCGCGACGUCCUCCUACGUACGCUGCUCUUACAAGCGCCCAUGUAUCGUAUAGGCUCUGCCCGAUGAGCGCGAAGUUGCACCCUCGAACGCUAGGUUAUCGCCGCCAACGAAGAAGCCUAACUUAAAGCUGAGCGUAAACAAGCUGCUACCCUCAAUCCUACGACGCCCGAAUACAGAGAGUUAACUGCGUUCAACGAGGAAAUUAAUAAAUAUAAUUGCGACUUCAAAAGUUGCCACCCUGGCCACAAGGGCAUGAAGGGUCUUAAGAAACGCCGGAGCCCUAAACAGUUCUUCAAGAAUGAGAUUUUUACGUACAACGUCGACGGCAAGGGCAUGAACGCUAUCUACUACAAAGCUCGCCGAUACGUCGCUGCGAUAAUUGACGAGCUUGAUAUCGCGUUUACAGACUACCCGCCGUGGUCUCCAGAUUUACACCCAAUUGAGCACUGUUUUGGCUAACUUAAGGGCUUUAUCGCGAACUACAACGUUACCUCUGCGAGCAAGGAAAGCAAGAAAGCCGCCGUCAAAUAUAUACAGGAAAUCUAGCAGAGCGACGCCGAUAUGGAGGCGUAUAUGGAGGAGCACCUCG